AUGGACGUCAAUGAUCGCCGAGACCAUCAAAAUGGGAAGAUAGCGUUUCUCUUCUUGACACGUGGGCCACUCCCAUUCGCCCCGCUCUGGGAGAAAUUCUUCGCGGGGCAUGAGGGCCAUUACUCCGUCUACGUGCAUGCAUCCAACACCUCCUUCGCCUUCCCCGCUGACUCGCCGGCCAUUUUCAAAAACAGUCUCAUUCCAGGGGGAGAGGUGCGAUGGGGGGGAAUAAGCAUGGUGGACGCGGAACGGCGGCUGCUGGCAGCGGCGUUGCAGGACCCCGACAACCAACACUUCGCGCUGCUCUCCGAAAGCUACCCCGACCCCUACAACGUGUCGUUCCGCUGCUACAUCCCGCUCAUCUCCAAGCCCCUGGUGGGCGCAUGUUCAUUCCGCUUACAUGUUCCCCUCUACUCCCUCCCCCCCCAUUGCAGCUACCCCGACCCGUACAACGCGACCUUCCGCCGCUACAUCCCGCACAUCUUCAAGCCGCUGGUGGGCGCGCAGGACUACCGCAAGGGCAACCAGUGGUUCGUGCUGCAGCGCCGCCAUGCACAGCUGGUGGUGCAGGACACGCAGCACUACGCCGUGCACAACCGGAGCUGCGCGGUGAGGCUGGGAAUGAGGGAGUGGAUGGAGAUGGGUGGGUGCUGUGCCGUGCUGUGCAUAUACAAUAGGGGUUGUGUGGUAAGAAUGGGGAGUAAGGGCUCGGGCACAGACCCCAAGGGCAUAUCCCACUACCCGACGACCUUUGCUGACUGGAGUGCGAACGAGUGGCACCCGAGGUUCUACCAUGGGAGCAACACCACGCAAGAUGUGAUCCGGAUGAUCAAGUCCGCCACGCAGUUUGUCACUUUCCGGUCCUUCUGGCAAGACUUCUCAAGCAACUACUCACAUACGAAUCAUACGCAGCAGGCCACCAUCGAAGCUCAUGCUGACGCCAGCGCCACUGCGGGUGCAGCCAAAGAGAAGCUGCCACGUCAGCCCCUCCCGCCCGUCAUUCAACCCCCACCGCCCCAGUCCGGCGCAAUGGUACUCGAGGUUCCAGGAGCCGGGUUUUGGCUGCGGUUUUCCUACUUGACGCAGCGAGGGUAUUAUCCUGAAGCUCCUGGAAAGGCGAAUCAGGACAGCUUCUGUGUGGUACCCCAAUUCGGAGGGCUCCCGUCGGACCACCUUUUUGGCGUGUUCGACGGGCACGGGGAGCAAGGCACGCCGUGCUCGCAGUUUUCCCGGGAUGUUCUUGCGCGGAACCUUCUGAACCACCCUGCGUUGGACGCGGACGUUCCCAGGGCGUUCAGGGACGCGUUCGUGACGACAAACGUGGAGCUGCACCGAUCGCACGUGGACGACACCAUGAGCGGCAGCACGGGCAUCGCCGUGCUGCUGCGCGAUCGCAUGCUGUACGCCGCUAACGUGGGGGACUCGCGCGCGGUGCUGGCGGAAUGGCACAUGGACGAGGCCGCGGGUAGGGGAGACGGAGAGGGUGCCGAGGGAGCGGGCGGAGGGGAAGGGCGAGUCGGGGGAGACGGCGGAGCAGCAGAAGGAACGAGAAAAGCUGGUGAGGAUGGAGCUGUGGUCGCAGAGGGGCAAGAAGGAACAGGAGGAACAGGGGGAGGAGGAGGAGCAGACGGGGCAGGGGGAGAAGCGGGGAAAGGAAAGGAGAAGAAGCAGGGGUACUCAGCGGGGGGUGCUACGCUGCGCGCAGUGGACCUCUCGAGCGACCAAACCCCCUUCAGAGCGGACGAGUGCGCGCGCGUGCGCGCAUGUGGCGCGCGCGUGCUAACCCUAGACCAGCUGGAAGGGCUAAAGGACCCGGACGUGCAGUGCUGGGGGGGGGAGGACGACGAUGAUGGGGAUCCGCCGCGCCUGUGGGUGGCGAAUGGCAUGUAUCCUGGGACGGCGUUUACAAGGAGUCUGGGGGAUUCGGUGGCGGAGCGGAUUGGCGUGUGCGCGGAGCCUGAGGUGCUCACUGUGGCGCUGUCAGAGCGGCACCCGUUCUUUGUGAUUGCGAGCGAUGGCGUGUUCGAGUUCCUGAGCAGUCAAGAUGUGGUUAACAUGGUGGCGCGGCACAACGAUCCGUUUGCGGCGUGUGAGGAGAUCGUGGCGGAGUCGUACCGGCUGUGGCUGCAGUAUGAGACGAGGACGGAUGACAUCACCAUCAUCAUCGUUCACAUCGACACCGAGAUGCCCGACAGCACCCUAGAAGCAGUGCAGCAGGGGGCAGCCCGCACCACGUCAACAGGUGUGCCGCUUCCACCCCCCACGCCGCCGCUGGUGCUGCCAACAUCCACAGCUCUACGCUCCAUGCUGGCGGAUCUGGGUGCUUUCCAGCGCCGCAUCAUUGAGGGCACCGACUUCGAUCGCCCCCCCGCUGAAGACGACUGGUCGCCGCCCGCUGAUGUGGCUGCCACGGCUGCUCUUGUGGAGCACCAGCUGGAGCACGCGUUGCGAGGAAACUUUUUGUUCCACAGCCUGUCGCACGAGCAGCAGGACUUGAUGCUGCAGUGCUUCCAGAAGAUGGACGUGGGGCCGGGGGACGUUGUCAUCCAGCAGGGCGACGUGGGAGACAAGUUCUUCAUCUGCCACCACGGGGACUUUGACGUGCUCGUGGCCACGGAGCAGGUGGAGGACGACCCUCUAGGAGUGGUGGUUCAUCGCUACAUUGCCAACGACAAACACAUGCCCAGCUUUGGGGAUCUCGCACUUAUGUACGGGACAAGGAGGGAAGCGUCGGUGCGGGCGGCGUCACGCGGCGUGUUGUGGUUCCUGCAGCGGGCGCUGUUCCAGAAGGUGCAGACGCUGGGGCUGGUGGCAGGCUCCGCAGAGAUGGGCCCUCCGCCCCGCCUGCUGCGCCUCCUGCGCUCCCUGCCCUUCCUCUCCCCCCUCUCCUUCGGCCAGCUGCAGCGCCUCGCGCUCUUCCUGCUCACGCUUGAGCUGAACGAUGGGGAUGGGCUGGAGAUGGAAGGGGGCACCGUGUAUGUGGUGCAGGAGGGGCGGUUGCUGGUGAAGGGUGAUGCAGAUGGGGGAAAGGAGGAGGAUGGGGAGGGCGAGGGGGAGAAGAAGAGUGAGGGUGAUGCGGAGACGGGUUUGCAGUAUUUUAACGAGGCGUGUUUGUUGGAUGGGGGCGAUGAUGGCACGAGGCCUGCGAAUGCAGACGCACAGACAGCGGCAGGUGUGGCAGGUGGGGAGGUAGAGGAGAAUGAGCAUCAAGGGAAGCAGCAGGAUGACGGAAGGCAGGGGCCAAGGAAGGCGGUGGCGAGGGGGCAGGUGCAGUGCUGGGCGAUUGAUAGAGACAAGUUUGAGGCAGCUGUGGGGCCGCUGAGCGAUGCGGUGCGGGUGGAUGCAGAGUGGUGCCGGUUUCAGGAGACACUGGCGGCAAAGAGGCAGGGGGAUGAGAUGCGACAGAUCCUGGAGGGGAUCGUGGCAGCUGAAGUGGAGUGGCAGGACGUGCUAGCAGCCAACGAGUGGAGUGAGGUGGUGCAGCUGCGAGUGCAGAACGUGGGAAGGGUGUUUGCCAUGCGGCGCUUCGGAAAGACGCGCGUGGGGCUGCACGGCCGAAGCAAGCAGGUCCAUCGGGAGCGCAAUCUCUUUGAAACCCUCUCAGCCAACCCGUUUGUGCCACCUGUCAUCACGCCGUACACCGACCAUGCCUCUGUGGGUCUGCUGCUGGACUGCCAGCUCAGCACGCCGCUGGCGCUGAUCAUGGGCGGCAGGGAGGGAGCAGGCGGGCAGGCAGGGCCCGACGUUUUCCCGCCACUGCCGGAGGAUGCCGCCCGGUUUGUGGCGGCGGGUCUUGUUGUUGCAAUGGAGCUGAUGCACCGGGACGGAGUGGUGUUUCGAGGCGUGUCACCCUCCACACUCUUCCUCGACUCUCGAGGCCAACUGCAGCUCCCCGAUCUGCGUUUCGCCAAGCGGCUGGAGGAUGGGCGCACGUUCACCAUGUGUGGGUCGCCGGACUUCGUAGCUCCGGAAGUCAUCGCAGGGCGUGGCCAUGGCGUGCCUGCUGACUGGUGGUCGCUGGGAGUGCUCAUAUUCGCUCUGCUGCACGGCGAGGGUCCCUUUGGCUCGCGGAGGGACAGCGAGCUGACAGUGUACACACGCAUCGCCCGCCACGCACUCUUCCUCCCCGACCACCUCCCCCCCGCCGCCUCCGCUCUCAUUCACCAGCUGCUCUCCCCGCGCCCUGAAGACCGGCUCGGGUGCGGCCCUGGCGGGGCUGGGGCUAUCAAGGCCCACCCGUGGUUUGCUGGCGUGCCGUGGGAACAGGUGGCAGCGCUGGAUUGGCCGGCGCCGGAGGAGCUUGUGAGGAGGGUGGGGGAGGUGCAGGGGGAGAGGGGGAGGAUGACGGAGGAGGAGAAGGGGGCUGGGGUGGCGGGAGAGGAGGAGAGUGCUGUUGGCCAAGGUAGAGAGGGGUCUGAAGAGUCGCUUUGGUUUGAGGGUUGGUGA